AUGAGCAGCAACGAACCAGUUCAGAUAGAGCCGGCGGUACCGGGCAACUCGGAUGAAGGCGAUUCGAGCACACAAGGCGUUCCUACGCAAGCGGCGUCGGACGCUGAAGGAACCGGAACCGCAGUACCAGUGGAAGGAGACAGUGAUGCGCCACUCGAGAGUGGGUCCCUGUCAACACGAACUUCCGACAACGCAGUUUCAGACGUGUCAACCUUGCGGGCCUGGAAGACGCAGGCAAAAGGGGAUUUCACAAAAGUUCGCAGACGUGUGCUGGUGACCAUGACGGACGGUGAGUGCAGUACCGAAGAAGUUGUAGCCGGUUUCACAGAAUUAGAGGAGGCAUACGAGAGGGCCACCGCAGUGAUGGCGGAUUUGAUGGGUUGUUAUGCUGUGCAGGGCGACAUCGCUGGGAAAACAAAGGUUUUGUCAGAAAUAGAGACAAUGGAAAGUCAGCUCAGCGCAGCUGGAGAUGCACUAGCUUCAUUUCUUUCGCAGUCAACCAACACGGGCUACAGUUUUGCAUCACAUAGCCAACAGCAACACUUUGAUUCAGAGCCAGUUUCAGAGUUCUCACGCACCACUGCCAGUACUGCGUCUCGGUUAGGUGCGCCUGCACGUACGCGCUCCAGAAGUGGUAUCAGUUACAGCUCACCGCACAGCCAAGCACGCGAUUACCUGUCAUCGAUUGAUACUGUGGUUGACCACGAGAGGCCAACAAUCGAUCAAGCAUACGAUCACAGAGACCGGUCUUCAGAAGGAGUGAGGAUGAACCUCAUGAGUCAUGUGGACAGGGAAGCAGAAGAUCAGUCCGCUGAGUCAGCGUCCGCUACAGUUCGUAGAACCAGCGCUAGCGUCACCGCUACGAGUGCGAGUAGCACGGUGAAUUCCGUUUCCAGCGCUAGCCCUCCUUCGUCUUCGAACUUGACAGCGUCCCAGGACGGGACAACGACGAGCACCACGAGGCCUGUGCAGCAACUCGGGGCGAGCAGUCAGACUGGUACUCGGGCGCAGGCACCAGGAACGCCACCCAACAGACCAGCGCCACCAGCUGCACCGCAGCCUGCUAGAUCUACGAGUGGUAGUGCGAGUAGCAGUGCGACGGCAUCACAAAGUGCGGCAGUGACAGCGUCAGCAAGCGGGACUGUGUCUGUUAGAACGGCGUCCAGGGGCAAUGCGUAUCCGAACCCUGCAGCGCCAGUGUUUCAGUCUCAGAACAGUCAGUCAGUAGCCGGCCUGAAUGCUGGUAGACGACCGCCAGUGCCAUCACAAGCGAACCCAGUUUCCUACUCAGGACAUGGGGGAUACGGAUAUCAGCCAGUCGGCCUGCAGCCCCAAGACUGCCAAGUGCUUCAGGGUCAACCGCCAGCGGUUGGCGCUAGUGCGAAUGCAGCUGGACCGUGGAUGCAACUGCAGAAGAUCAGCAUUCCGGUGUUCGACGGAGACAAACGCAGAUUUGAAGGGUGGCAUGCAGCAUUCAUGGCAUGCAUCGACGCUGCGCCCAUGACACCAGAGACGAAGAUGUUGCAGCUUCGACAGUACCUGGCAGGCGAACCUCUUCGGGCUGUCGAGAGCCUGGGAUACUCGGCCGGGGGAUAUAAUGCAGCGAAGCAGCUGCUUGAAAGGAAGUACGGCGGCGAGCGGCGGCGAAUCGCAAUCCAUACAGAGGAGCUGGAGAACAUCAAGCCUGUCCGGGUCAACAAGCCAAAAGACUUGGAGCGAUUCGUAGACCUGCUAACAGUGGCAGUGUCCAACCUGAGGGAUGCUGGACGGGCAAUGGAGCUGCAGCCUGGUACCUUCUAUGGCAAGCUGCUGAAAAAGCUUGACCGGCAGAUGUUGGCACAGUACCAUCGCUGGCGCCAUGACAAGAGGAUGGCAGAAUCGGUUGAAGUUUUCCUGGAAUGGUGUAGUCUGGAGGCGGAGUUUCUAACGACUGCCAUGGAAACCGUCGACGGGCUGAUAGAGAGCCAACCCAGCAGUAGCAAUACUGGCCGGCAAUCGCAGUCUGUGCGACCGGUGACACUCGUGACUGCGAAGGAGGAAAAACCGGCGCCUGGGUGCGCUCACUGCAAAGGGAGCCAUCCGGUCUGGAAGUGCUUAACCUUCAAGGCCUCGGCACCAACGCAACGCUGGCAGGUGGCACAGAGUUCUGGCCUAUGCUUCCGAUGUCUCGGGCGAGGGCACUCUGGCAGAGAAUGUCAGAUGUCAAGGACAUGUGGAAUCGACGGAUGCCAGAAGUCCCAUCACCGAUUGCUGCAUGAUCCCCGCCGUGAAUCAGCAUCCGACAACGGGGCAGGCAGGCCUAAGCCUCAAGCAGCCAAACCGACGGCAGAGCCUAAGCCAGCCACCACCAAGUCUAGUGGCCCAGUGACUCACAAUGUUCCGUGCAACUGCUCUGCGGCAUCCGAGACAGCGCCUAGCACGGAAGGGGAGCACGUCGGUCUCACCACUGCAAUGCUGCAGCGAGAGCCUGUGUCCUUACGCACGAUACCCGUGGUCUUGAUCGCCGGCAACCGACGAAUGACUGUCAAUGCCAUCUUGGAUGACGGAAGCACUCGCUCUUACGUUAACAGCGAUGUAGCAGCCGAACUGGGAGUUCAGGGACAGCAACCGGAAAGGAUGUCUGUUCACACCCUCAACGGCCACAAAGAGGUGUUCCUCACCACCCCAGUGGCUCUGGAGCUGCAAAGUCUGGACGGGCGUCUGAGAACCGAUGUCGAGCUCUACACCACCAAGAAAGUCGUGGGGGAUUUCAGCGUUAUCGACUGGCAGCAGCAAGGGAGAAAGUGGGAGCACCUCCAAGGCGUCCAGUUCCCACCACUAUCAUUAUGUCGUUCCAGCACCAUAGACGUCCUGUUGGGGCUGGACCACGCUGACCUCCACGUUUCCCUGCGAGACAUUCCCGGAAAGCCGGGCGAGCCUGUAGCCAGACUAACGCCGCUAGGAUGGACAUGUGUAGCACCAUCAGCAGUUGCUCGACACACUGGCGUUGGGAUCACUCUUCACGGCGUGCAGAUGCAUGAACCACUCGAUAGGCUUCUGCGGAAGUUCUGGGAGUUGGAGGAUGUGCCGGCAGAAACUGAGACGGUGAUCAGCGCAGAUGAUCAGCAGGUGGUCAGCAUGACGAAGGCGACCAUGUCGAGGAUCGACCAGCGCUAUGAAGUCGGCGUUCCAUGGCGAAAGAAGCCCCCGGACCUGGCAGAGAAUUACGACAUGGCUCUCCGGCGCCUGGAGUCAACAGAACGGCGGCUCGCAAAGCAGCCGGAAGUGUCCACAGCUUACAGAACCACCAUCAAGCAGUAUGAAGCCAAGGGCUACGUGCGCCGUGUGCCAGUGGGUGAGAACAGCGUCCCCAGGUGGUUAUUGGCACAUUUUCCAGUUGUGAGGAUGGGCAAAAGCACAACCAAGGUACGCAUCGUGUUCGAUGCAUCUGCCAAGCAGCAAGGAACGUCGCUCAAUGACGUGAUUCACCAAGGGCCUAAGCUCCAACAAGAUUUGAGCCAGGUGCUACUGAGGUUCCGGAAAUACCCGGUGGCACUGGCUUGCGACAUCAGCGAGAUGUAUUUACAAAUCCAGCUGAGAGAGGAGGACAGGCCAUUCCAUCGAUUUCUGUGGCGAGAGGAUCCCAGUGAGAAGCCGGAAGUGUACGAAUUUCAGCGAGUCGUCUUCGGCGUCAACUGUUCGCCUUUCCUCGCGCAAUUGGUCACGCAAGAGCAUGCCCGAACGUCGACAUCGAAGUACCCGAACGCCGCUGAAACCGUCCUCGAGUCGACAUACAUGGACGACAGCCUGGACUCCGCACCGUCGGUGAGCGCUGGCAUCGACAACUACCACCAACUGACCAGCCUCUGGGGCGAAGCAGGCAUGCACGCCAGGAAAUGGCUUUCGAACUCGCAGGAGAUCAUGGACAAGAUCCCUGAAGUGGACCGGGCUGCCAACGUCGCCUUCGGAGAAGCGCUGCCCACCAUCAGGACGCUGGGUGUGCAGUAUGAUGCGAGCACAGACAACUUUGGCUUUACCUUCUCACCACCGCCAACAGAAGUUAAGCUCACGAAGCGAGCUGUACUGAAGAAAGCAGCAACAAUCUUCGAUCCGCUCGGCUUCAUGGCGCCAGUCACAGUCUGCGCGAAGAUGCUACUGCAACGCAUGUGGUCUGCCGGUCUGCAGUGGGACGAUCCGCUAGAGCCUACCCUGGAAGCGGAAACGAGGCAGUGGUUCAAUGAGCUGCCAGAGCUUGCCAAGAUUCGGAUACCGAGAUGUCUACACUUCGACCUGACGACCGGCAUCGCAGCGACGGAGUCGAAGCUACAGUGCCAUGUAUUUGCUGAUGCCUCUGAGCAAGCCUAUGGAGCCGUCGCAUACGCUCGUGUGAAGAGCAGUGGUGGCGUUCAAACUCGCCUUGUCGCAGCCAAGACAAGGGUGGCGCCUCUACAUUCAGUGAGCAUUCCAAGGUUGGAGCUCAUGGCGGCCGUCAUGGCAAUUCGGUUGGCAAGCGUCGUGACUCGUGCGCUAGGCUUAGCUAUGUCAGACGUGGUACUCUGGACAGAUAGUCAGAAUGUUCUUUACUGGAUCAGAGGCAGGAGCCGAAGUUACAAGGCAUUUGUGGCGAACCGAGUCAGCGAGAUCCACAACCAGAGCCAACCGUCACAGUGGCACCAUGUUCCCACAGACCAGAAUCCAGCUGAUGUGGUCUCUAGGGGUACAACGGUCCCCAAUCUCGACACGACCGUCUGGUUGAAUGGCCCUGCUUUCCUCCAACAAGAGCCGGAAAAAUGGCCCAUGGGAACAGCGCCAGCCUAUCCGCAGUCCGAGGCACGGAAAGAGGAGAAGAAAGUGAGCGCCGUAUCAUCUGGAACCACGGUCAGCUUGCUGCAAGUGAUCGCUAACGUUGACGAUUCCAGCCCACUCCAUGCCAACAGGUUCAUCAACUGGGCACGGGGAGUACGACUGUGGGCGCGGGUGCUGCGGUUCGGUGAGAACUGCCGUCGACAAAAGGAGGAUCGUCAGGGAGGGGAGCUGAUGCCCGACGAAUUGGCAGCCGCAGAGACGGAGAUCAUAAAGCUUGCGCAAGGAGAAGCGUUUCAUGCGGAGAUGCCAGCGCUCCGGAACAAGCAAUCCAUUCCAGAGCGUAGUCCCUUGAGGUCCUUGUGUCCGUACAUCGAUGAGGAGGGUGUCAUACGCUGCCGUGGUCGACUUGAAUUCGCAGACUUUCUGCCACGAGAUGCCGUCAACCCGAUCAUCCUGCCAAGACACCAUACCGUAACCAGGUUAAUCGUCCAGCAACAUCACGACCAAGCUCAGCAUGUCGGAGGCGUCAACCAGGUGUACGCAUCUCUUUGCAGCCGCUUUUGGAUAGUAGCUGGGAGGGAAGCCGUCCGAGACGUCGAGAGGAAAUGUCCGCGAUGCAAGCUACUCAAGGCCAGACCCGCACAGCAAGUGAUGGCACCAUUGCCGCGGAGCCGCAUCACACCAUCCUUCAGGGCGUUCGCUCGAGCUGGAGUUGACUUUGCUGGGCCGUUUGAGACAGUACACGGCCGCGGGCGAAAGCGGACAAAGCGCUACUUGUGUCUAUUCACUUGCUUGGCCACGAGGGCAGUACAUCUGGAGAUCGCAUACAGCAUGGACACGAACUCCUUCCUCAAUGCCUUCUACCGCUUUGUUGGACGACGGGGACUGCCAGAACGGGUCAUUUCGGACAACGGCACCAACUUUGUCGGCGCACAAGGAGAAUUGAAGGAACUUGUUGCGCAAAUGGAUGAAGAGCAGAUCAUUCGGACAGUGGCGGAUCAGAGGGUGACAUGGCAGUUCAACCCGGCGGCCGCCCCUCACUUCGGUGGAGUAUUCGAAGUAAUGAUACGUGCGGCUAAGCGAGCCGUGUCAGCGAUUUUGAAGUCUGCCGACAUCACAGACGAAGAGCUGACCACAGCUUUCGUCGCAGCUGAGAGUCUCAUCAACUCAAGACCAUUGACGUACACAUCCAGCUCGCCGUCAGAUGAACCGCCUCUUACGCCGAACCACUUCCUAUUCGGGCAGUGUGGAGGAACAUUUGCACCAUCAUCGGUCGACACAACCGACUUCAACCCGCGGAAGCGCUGGAGGAGAGUCCAACAACUAGUCCACCACUUCUGGCAGCGAUGGAUACGGGAGUGGCUUCCGUUACUUACCCAGCGCAAGAAAUGGCGGAAGCCUCAUAAUGACGUCAAGAUCGGAGAUGUUAUGCUGUUGCUGAGUCCCAACACCCCUCGCGGUAACUGGCCUCUGGCAAGAGUGUUGGAGACAUUUCCUGGACGAGACGGACAUGUGCGUGUCGUGAAAGUGCAAGUUGGAAAGUCUACGCUAAUCCGUCCUAUCAGCAAGCUGUGCCCAAUUGAAUCACCUGCUGAGUGA